GCCUUGAGCUGUACGUUUUUAGUGUCUUUACUCCCCUUCUCCGCCUUCAGCCGGGCGCUGCGAGAGCCCUACAUGGACGAGAUCUUCCACCUGCCGCAGGCGCAGCGCUACUGUGAGGGCCAUUUCUCCCUCUCGCAGAUACACCCUCCCAGCCAUGAAACGUGAAACCAACUGGAUUAUCUUUUGUUCCUGUCGCUCAGAUCUGUGAAUACGAAUAUUUGUUAAAUAAUGAGUUAAGAGCGGACUUGUCUCCUGGGAAGGCGUAAUCUGGGAGAAUAUUUAAUGAGGAACCGAAUUACUGCUCUUUUGGCAACGGAUGAUGUCUGUCUUAGUUUGUCUUCCCGGCCUUGGAAUUGGAGAUUUUGGGUGGGAUCCCAUGAUUACCACAUUGCCUGGCUUAUACCUGGUGUCGGUUGGAGUGGUCAAACCUGCCAGCUGGAUCUUUGGAUGGUCUGAACAUGUUGUCUGCUCCUUUGGAAUGCUAAGAUUUGUUAAUCUUCUCUUCAGUGUUGGCAAUUUCUAUUUACUCUACUUGCUUUUCCGCAAGGUGCAACCCAGAAACAAGGGUGCCUCAAGUAUCCAGAGAAUCUUGUCAACAUUAACAUUAGCAGUAUUUCCCACGCUCUACUUCUUUAAUUUCCUUUAUUAUACAGAAGCAGGAUCCUUGUUUUUUACUCUUUUUGCCUAUUUGAUGUGUCUUUAUGGAAAUCAUAAAACUGCAGCCUUGCUUGGAUUUUGUGGCUUCAUGUUUCGUCAGACAAAUAUCAUCUGGGCUGUCUUCUGUGCAGGAAAUGUCAUCGCACAAAAGCUAACAGAAGCUUGGAAAACUGAGCUACAAAAGAAGAAGGAAGAGAGGCUCCCCCCUAUUAAAGGACCAUUUUCAGAAUUCAGAAAAAUUCUUCAGUUUCUUUUGGCUUAUUCCAUGUCCUUUAAGAACUUAAGUAUGCUUUUCCUUUUAACUUGGCCCUACAUCCUUCUGGGAUUUGUGUUUUGUGCUUUUGUAGUGAUUAACGGUGGAAUUGUUAUUGGUGAUCGGAGUAGUCAUGAAGCCUGUCUUCAUUUUCCUCAGCUCUUCUACUUUUUCUCUUUUACUCUCUUUUUUGCUUUUCCUCACCUGUUAUCACCUAGCAAAAUUAAAGCUUUUCUUUGCUUAGUUUGGAAACGUAGACUUCAGUUUUUUGUGAUUACCUUAGUUUCCAUAUUUUUAGUUUGGAAAUUCACUUAUGCUCAUAAAUACUUGCUAGCUGACAAUAGACAUUAUACAUUCUAUGUGUGGAAAAGAGUUUUUCAAAGAUACGAUAUCGUGAGAUAUUUGUUGGUUCCAGUCUAUAUAUUUGCUGGUUGGAGUAUAGCUGACUCGUUGAAAGCAAAAUCGAUUUUCUGGAAUUUAGUGUUUUUCAUAUGCGUGUUCACUGUUAUAGUUCCUCAGAAACUGCUAGAAUUCCGUUACUUCAUUUUACCUUAUAUUAUUUAUAGGCUUAAUAUACCUCUACCACCCACAUCUAGACUUGUUUGUGAACUGGGUUGCUAUGCAAUUGUGAAUUUCCUAACUUUUUACAUCUUUCUGAACAAAACUUUUCAGUGGCCUAAUAGUCAAGACAUUCAGAGGUUUAUGUGGUAAUGCCAGGAGUAUUCUCAACUCUUAAAGUAAACUCAAUAUUUAAUUGAGUAUUUCUACAAGGAACAACUAAAUAGGUAGAUAAGGAAUUUAUUUUAGGCAGAAUUCAAACCAUGGUUUUUAUAUAUGUCUUAAGCAUGUAUAUAACAAAUCCAGGGAAGUUAAGUGAUAAAAGAACUGAGAAAGAGGAAAACCUUCAAAACCUUGAAUAAUAGGAAAAUAAAGUUGUUUAUAAUUAUCUUAUGAUAUCUGUCACAUACUGCUAGCCACCCAAAAGGUUGGAAACUUUUUGUAUAUACAAUGUUAGGAAAACUGGCUAUGCUUCAUAGUACUGGAACUAAUUUGUUGAUUCUCAUCAGAAAGUAAUCAUAAAGUAUUUGGAAAAAUUUAUUAAUGAUCAGGUAAUAUUCUUGAUUGAAAAGUUGCUUAAUAUUUCAGUACCUAUUAUUUUAAUCAUAAGUAGACUAGACACACACAAAUAUUAAGUUAAAUUGGGUUGUCGGAAAAGUCAUGAUGCAUUUUUGCAUAGAAAAAUAUAGAAAACAUGACUUUUCUGACAACCCAGUAAAUUAGAUAUUCAUGUGUGUUUAAAAAUCAACUUGUUGGGUUUUAUUUAAAAUACAAAAAUGAUAAAGUAUUUGUAUAAUUUUUCAUUUCAUAUUUAUGGUGGCCAAAGAUAAAUUGUAUUAACUGUAAAACCUUUUAAGAGGUCUUUGUUUUUCCUGAAAUACAUUAUUAUGUUAGUUUUCUAGGGUUGCUGUAGCAAAUGACCACAAACUUGAGUUAAAAAGUUCUCUCAUUUCUGGAGGGCACAGUCUGAAAUCAAAAUGUCAAGAGAGGUGGUUCCUUCUAGAGGCUUUGAGGAAGUAUAUUCCAUGCCACUCCCAGUUUCUGAGAGCUGUCUACAAUCUUUGUGGAAUUCCUUGGCUUCUCUACUCAUCACUUCAACCUGUGCCUCUGUCAUCUUUAUCUUAUAAGGACAAUGUCAUUGGAUUUAGAUCCCACCCUAGUGCAGGAUGUUUCUUCUGGAAAUUCUUAAUUAUGUCUACAAAGACCCCUUUUCUAUUCAUGGAUUUCUGGUAGAAUACAUUUUUGUGGGACACUUUUCAAUUCACUACAGUUACUAAAGGAUGUUUUAAGAUAAACCUCUUAAAAUUUUUAGGGGAAUAUUUUAGAUGAGAUCUUUUAUAUAAAAUUUUGUCUUUAUUGAAAGGUUAAAAAGAAGUGAUGUCUGAGGUUGUAUCAUUGUAAAGCUAAUGGUUAUUUGAUUUCAUUAUUAUUGAUUUACUUAAAAAGAAUUAGAAUUGAAAGGAAGCUGAGAAGUCAUUUGAUCUUCUUUUAUAGAAUAGGGAACACCUGCUGGGGUGGGAACCCCCCCUCCCCCCCCCACACACACACAGUUUUUGGAUUCUGUGUUUACUAUUUUUAGCACAUUCCAUGGAUUGUCAUUCCAUUACAGGAAAGUAUUAUUUGGCAUGUUGGCUUUGACAUGUAAACUUAGAACUAUGAAUAGAACUUCUCUUUUACACUCUAAACUUUUAAAUUAAGUAUAAACAAAGUACUUUUCCCUAAUUUUGGAUUAUGCUUUCUUUGGGAUUUAAAUAAUAAGUGGGUUUGGAAAGCAUUCUGCAUUUGCAAGUAUAAAAUUAUGUGCUUGUGAAAAUUAUAAGUAUGGUCUUGAGAGAAUUUGUUUUUAAAUAGAUGACAAAGCACACUCAAAUAAAUUGUUCUUUUAUUAUGAAUUUAUUGUAAGGGAGUUCUAAAUUCAGGAAUUCAAAAUUGAAAAAAAUAUGUAGUUUUGGAAAUAUAGCAUUAUUGUGUGAUACUAUUAAUGUUAAGACUUUUGUGUUUAGUACUUUUUCUGAAGGGAAAAGCCUUCUACUCUGAGCUAGUCUGACAAAGAUGAGGAAACUGUUCUACCCCAUAUUGUGGCUAUCCUACCCCAUAUUGUGAAGAACACUGCCUUUUUGAGGAAUCACAGUUCUGAUUCAUUUUUAAAUGUUGAGCUACUGUUUUAAGAGAUGUUUUGGAGAAAUUUGGCAUGCAGAGGAGAACAGGUUAAUCUUCUAUAUUGUCCAUAAAAUAUAAUACAUGGCUUUUUAGAAAAGAAUGUGUGAACCAAGAAGUGCUAUUUAUUUUUCACUGUUUUGAGAUAGGGAUGCUUAUCAGUACUUUCGAGUUUAAGAUAAACGUUUUGGUUAAAUUUUCUUAAGCAGAAGAUGUCAUGUGCUGGCGAAUUUUCCAAAAUAUGUACAGAUAAAAUGAUUAUGUAAGGGGUAUACAAUCACAACAUAAUAGAUAAUUUUACUUUAGUUGGUCAAGUUUCUAUGCCUAACUGAUCCUUGUGAAAUCAUUCCUCUUGGAAAAACUGGGAAGGCCAGUCAUUCGUACAUCUUUUUAUCCUUGCUCUUAGAAACAUUUUAAAUUAUAUUUCUAUCUGAGCUUUUUUCAGGCACUAUAAAGUAGAUGUUUUUGUCAUGAAUUCUUUAAAAAUUAGACGUAGUAGAAUUUCUUGAUUAAAAGGUUGCUCUGAAAAAAAAAAUACAUUACCCUGUUGGUGAGCCCAUGGAGCCUUGUAUUUAUUGUUGCCAACAUCUUUAAGAAGGAUUUCAUUAAAAAAUAUAAAAUUAUGUAGCCCAUAAAUCAUUUUUAGGUUCAGUAAUAAGUCAUUUUAAACUGGUUCAACCUUACGUGAAUUUUGGUAGAUAUAGAAUAUUUCUUAAGAUAGUAUUAAUAAGGUUCCAGCGUACUGUGUGUUUGUUCACAUUUUGUUUUGUAGAUAUUCAGAAGUCUUUUAUAACUGCAUCUGACUAUGUAAAGGAAUAAUUUGGAAAUACAGUAUUCCUGAGUUUAAAGAUAGCAUGUUAUUUUGGCAAAAUAAAUAGUAUUAGCUGUUUGGCCUUUUUUCCCUCCUCUUAAGAGUUGUUUAUGAAAUGUGCUCAACCUGUCAUAAAAUACCUUAACAUAAAUAGCUUAAUGUAAUUUAUUUCUAAUAAGUAAAUAGCUUAAUGUCUCUCUAGUUUUGACCUUAACUACCACUGGCUUGACAUUAUUUUCUUUAUAAUUGUCUGAAGAGAGGAGAAGUCGUAUUCCACAAUUUUUAUGUAUACUCCCCAAGGAGUGUACUGUUCUUGUGCACUCACUUUUAAAUAAAAUAUAAAAUUCAUUUAAAGAAAUUUGCAUUUAUAAGAUUAGAAAGCAUUUAUCAUCUUUGGAGCAAUUAGGAUUUCAUUGAAAACAAAACCAGUAAGAAGUGUGAUGUAAAUACAAAAAGUUUUUUUGAUAAUAUUUAAAUUUCCACUAGCAGUCAUGAACUUAUAGAAUAAAGCAUUUAACAGAGAAGUUAGGAUAUUUCUAUUUGAUUGUGGAAUCAAUAAAGCAAGUACUUCUGUUUUUAGUCUUUACUUCACAUGUGAAUACUAUGAACUCUAGUCAGUAUCUAGCAGGGUCUAUCCUUUUUUCAAAAAGGAUUUAUCUACUGCCAUUUAUUAACGAAAAUUCAUCAAUGUGUCAUAUACAUACAAUGUGUCAUAUACAUAUACAUCAUAAGUAAAUAUACUCUGAAUAAAGUUUUUUUGUAUGGUAUGACGUGAAUACCAUAGUAAAAAAUAUAGUAUAAACUAUAGCUACUUUUAGGAAAUAAAUAACGUUUCAUAAGGAGAGCCAUCCUAGCCUUUUUUCAGGCAAAAUUUCUGACCUAGUAUUAAAAACUUUACUUGGUAUUAUGUUUAAUGUUUAUACAUCUAUUUACUUGUAAAUAUAUUGUGUGUUUUUAUAAUAUAUGAUUUCAAAAUUAUUGUCAUUUAAAAAAAUAACAUAGUAAC